GUUAAAGCACAAAUCAAAGGGUUUAGCAGAAUCCCUGGCAAAUGAUAAACUUCUCACAAUGAAGGCCCCCGCUGCGCUUGCACCUGGCAUCCUUGUGCUCCUGUUUACCUUGGUGCAGAGGAGUGAUGGGGUGUGUAGAGAGGCCCUAGUGAAGUCUGAGAUGAACGUGAACAUGAAGUACCAGCUUCCCAACUUCACCGCGGAAACGCCCAUCCAGAAUGUGGUUCUACAUGAGCACCACAUCUAUCUCGGUGCCACUAACUACAUUUAUGUCUUAAAUGACAAAGACCUGCAGAAGGUUGCUGAAUACAAGACGGGGCCUGUGCUAGAACACCCAGACUGUUUCCCAUGUCAGGACUGUGGCAGCAAAGCUAAUUUAUCAGGUGGCGUUUGGAAAGAUAACAUCAACAUGGCUCUGCUUGUCGACACCUACUAUGAUGACCAACUGAUUAGCUGUGGCAGCGUCCACAGAGGGACCUGCCAGCGACACGUACUUCCACCUGAUAAUGCUGCUGACAUACAGUCGGAAGUUUACUGCAUGUUCUCCCCACAAGCAGAAGAGUCCAGCCAGUGUCCUGACUGUGUGGUGAGCGCCCUAGGAGCCAAAGUCCUCCUAUCUGUGAAGGACCGGUUCAUCAACUUCUUUGUGGGCAAUACCAUAAAUUCUUCCUAUUUUCCAGAUCAUUCAUUGCAUUCAAUAUCAGUGAGAAGGCUAAAAGAAACGAAAGAUGGUUUUAAGUUUUUGACAGACCAGUCCUAUAUUGAUGUUUUACCUGAGUUCCAAGAUUCUUACCCUAUUAAGUAUGUCCAUGCCUUCGAAAGCAACCAUUUUAUUUACUUUUUGACAGUACAAAGGGAAACUCUAGAUGCUCAAACUUUUCACACGAGAAUAAUCAGGUUCUGUUCCGUGGACUCCGGAUUGCAUUCCUACAUGGAAAUGCCUCUGGAGUGUAUUCUCACAGAAAAGAGAAGAAAGAGAUCCACAAAGGAGGAAGUGUUUAACAUCCUUCAAGCUGCAUAUGUCAGUAAGCCUGGGGCCCAUCUUGCUAAGCAAAUAGGAGUCAGCCUGAAUGAUGACAUUCUCUUCGGGGUGUUCGCACAAAGCAAGCCAGAUUCUGCCGAGCCAAUGAAUCGAUCUGCCGUCUGUGCCUUCCCUAUCAAAUAUGUCAAUGAAUUCUUUAACAAGAUCGUCAACAAAAACAAUGUAAGAUGUCUCCAGCAUUUUUAUGGGCCCAAUCAUGAGCACUGUUUUAACAGGACCCUUCUGAGAAAUUCAUCAGGCUGUGAAGUACGCAGUGAUGAAUAUCGGACAGAGUUUACCACAGCUUUGCCACGUGUUGACUUAUUCACGGGUCAAUUCAAUAAAGUCCUCUUAACAUCUAUAUCCACCUUUGUUAAAGGAGAUCUCACCAUUGCUAACCUUGGGACAUCAGAGGGUCGCUUCAUGCAGGUUGUGGUUUCUCGAUCGGGAUCAUCAACCCCUCAUGUGAAUUUCCUCCUGGAUUCCCAUCCUGUGUCUCCAGAAGUGAUUGUAGAACAUCCAUCAAGCCAGAAUGGCUACACACUGGUUGUCACUGGGAAGAAAAUCACCAAGAUCCCAUUGAAUGGCUUGGGCUGCGGUCAUUUCCAGUCCUGCAGUCAGUGUCUCUCCGCCCCUCCCUUCGUGCAGUGUGGCUGGUGCCACGACAAAUGUGUGAGAAAGGAGGAAUGCCCCCGUGGAACAUGGACUCAAGAGAUUUGCCUGCCUGCAAUCUAUGAGGUUUUCCCAACUAGUGCACCUCUUGAAGGAGGGACAACGCUCACCAUAUGUGGCUGGGACUUUGGAUUUCGGAGGAAUAAUAAAUUUGAUUUAAAGAAGACCAGAGUUCUCCUUGGAAAUGAGAGCUGCACCUUGACCUUAAGUGAGAGCACAACAAAUAUGUUGAAAUGCACAGUUGGUUCUGUAACGAAUGAGCAUUUCAAUAUGUCCAUAAUUAUUUCAAACGGUCGUGGGACGACACAAUCUAGUACAUUUUCCUAUGUGGAUCCUAUAAUAACAAGCAUCUCUCCAAGAUAUGGUCCUCAAGCUGGUGGCACUUUACUUACUUUAACUGGAAAAGACUUGAACAGUGGGAAUUCUAGACACAUUUCAAUUGGUGGAAAAACAUGUACUUUAAAAAGUGUGUCAAAUAGUGUUCUUGAAUGUUAUACCCCAGCCCAAACCAUUUCCACCGAAUUUCCUGUUAAAUUGAAAAUUGACUUAGCCAACCGAGAGACGAGCAGCUUCAGUUACCAGGAAGACCCCAUUGUAUAUGAAAUUCAUCCAACCAAAUCUUUUAUUAGCACUUGGUGGAAAGAACCUCUCAAUAUUGUCAUUUUUCUAUUUUAUUUUGCCAGUGGUGGGAGCACAAUAACAGGUGUUGGAAAAAACCUGAAUUCAGUUAGUGUCCCAAGGAUGGUAAUACAUGUGCAUGAAGCAGGAAGGAACUUUACAGUGGCAUGUCAGCAUCGCUCUAAUUCAGAGAUAAUCUGCUGUACCACUCCUUCACUACAACAGCUGAAUCUGCAACUCCCCCUGAAAACCAAAGCCUUUUUCAUGUUAGACGGGAUACUUUCCAAACACUUUGAUCUUAUAUAUGUACAUAAUCCUGUGUUUAAACUUUUUGAAAAGCCAGUGAUGAUCUCAAUGGGCAAUGAAAAUGUACUGGAAAUUAAGGGAAAUGACAUUGACCCUGAAGCAGUUAAAGGUGAAGUGCUAAAAGUUGGAAAUAAGAGCUGUGAGAAUAUCCACUCACACUCUGAAGCCGUUUUAUGUACAGUCCCCAAUGACCUGCUGAAAUUGAACCGUGAGCUAAAUAUAGAGUGGAAGCAAGCAGUUUCUUCCACCGUCCUUGGAAAAGUAAUCGUUCAACCAGAUCAGAAUUUCACAGGAUUGAUUGCUGGUGUUAUCUCGAUAUCAAUAAUACUCUUAUUAAUACUCGGGCUUUUCCUGUGGCUAAAAAAGAGAAAGCAAAUUAAAGACCUGGGCAGUGAAUUAGUUCGCUAUGAUGCAAGAGUACACACUCCUCAUUUGGAUAGACUUGUAAGUGCCCGAAGCGUAAGCCCAACUACAGAAAUGGUUUCAAAUGAAUCUGUAGACUACCGAGCCACUUUUCCAGAAGACCAAUUUCCCAACUCAUCUCAGAACGGAUCGUGCAGACAAGUGCAGUAUCCUCUGGCAGACCUGUCCCCUAUCCUAACUAGUGGGGACUCUGAUAUGUCUAGUCCAUUACUGCAAAAUACUGUCCACAUUGACCUCAGUGCAUUAAAUCCAGAGCUGGUCCAGGCAGUGCAGCAUGUAGUGAUUGGACCCAGUAGCCUGAUUGUGCAUUUCAAUGAAGUCAUAGGAAGAGGGCAUUUUGGUUGCGUAUAUCAUGGGACUUUGUUGGACAAUGAGGGCAAGAAAAUUCACUGUGCUGUGAAAUCUUUGAAUAGAAUCACCGACAUAGGGGAAGUCUCCCAGUUUCUGACAGAGGGAAUCAUCAUGAAAGAUUUUAGUGAUCCCAAUGUCCUCUCGCUCUUGGGAAUCUGCCUUCGAAGUGAAGGGUCUCCUCUGGUGGUUCUACCAUACAUGAAACAUGGAGACCUUCGAAAUUUCAUUCGAAAUGAAACUCACAACCCAACCGUAAAAGAUCUUAUUGGCUUUGGUCUUCAAGUAGCCAAAGGCAUGAAGUAUCUUGCAAGCAAAAAAUUUGUUCACAGAGACUUGGCUGCAAGAAACUGUAUGCUGGAUGAAAAGUUCACCGUCAAGGUUGCUGAUUUUGGUCUUGCCAGAGAUAUAUAUGACAAAGAAUACUAUAGUGUACACAACAAAACAGGUGCAAAACUGCCAGUGAAGUGGAUGGCUUUGGAAAGCUUGCAAACUCAGAAGUUUACCACCAAGUCGGAUGUGUGGUCCUUUGGCGUGCUCCUCUGGGAGCUGAUGACAAGAGGAGCCCCACCUUAUCCUGAUGUGAACACCUUCGAUAUAACCGUUUACCUGUUGCAAGGCAGAAGACUCUUACAACCCGAAUAUUGCCCAGAUCCCUUGUAUGAAGUAAUGCUAAAAUGCUGGCACCCUAGAGCUGAAAUGCGUCCAUCCUUUUCUGAACUGGUAUCCAGGAUAUCAGCGAUCUUCUCGACUUUCAUUGGGGAGCACUAUGUCCAUGUGAAUGCUACUUAUGUGAAUAUAAAAUGUGUCGCUCCAUAUCCAUCUCUGCUGUCAUCACAAGAUGGACGUUCACAUCCGGACACUGAUGAUGAGGUGGACACAUGAUGGUUGGAUACCGCACCAAGUCCCCUUUUGGAGACAUCACAGUACUAGUCCAAACAUCAGUCCAUUCUUUGUCCAAUCGUGUUUUCACUGCCUGGUCUUUGAACGGCCAUCGAUAAUUUUUUGCUUUUGCCAAAAUUGCACUAUUAUAGGACUUGUUAUUUAAAUUGCUGGAUUCUAAGGAGGCUUUUAUUCUGACAGAGCAGCAGAACCAGAGCCUUGGUCUCACAAACCAGAGACUAACAGCCUACAAGCUGUGAUGACACUCCUGUUACAUUGAAUCCAAAACCUUAACUCUUGGUUGAAUUUUUUAAAAAUCAGAGUCCCACUUGAUUUCAUAUGUGGAACUGAAACAGUGAAUUUUGAAGGCUUCUUGAUCAUAGAAAGCUCAGAGGAGAUGGUAAUAUCCAAAACAGACGUAGCAGCCCCAAGAUCAGGGCACUCAUUUAGAAUUCCAGAUUUUAAAAAAAUCUUUUGUGUGUUCUAUGGUCACUAACAUUUUUCAUUACUGAUGUUGCCAUUUGCCCAUUAGGUAAGACAUUCCCUUUUAAAUUUUUGUAUGCAUAGAGACGGUCACGGUGGCUCACUUUUAUAAUCCCAGCUACAGGAGAGGAUCGCUUGAGGGCAGGCGUUCAAGACCAGCCUGGACAACAUAACAAGACCUCAUC